GCUACUGGCAACGACGCUCCACUGAUGCAAGCUGGGCGAACCGCCGCUGCUAUGAGGAAGAAAGCUGGGGGAAUGGUAGCUGCAGACGUGUGGCUCCACGCACGCAGGGGCUACCCGCAGUUCGGCGCAGCGGAGGAGGAGGAGCUGGCGCUGCACACCUUCCUGCGAACCCUAACAGCGGAGCGGCUGCGCCAGCAUGUCCGCCUCAUCACACCCGUGGGCUGGCAUUGAGCAUGUGGAUUCUAACCGCAGACGUCGCGGCUGACAUUGGGCAUGUGGAUAGCGCUCCAGCGCACUAACUCCAAGGUACCCCACGGCACUGAACAGUGGAAAACAAUUAGCAAAAUACACAUGAGGACCAGUUUAUGCUGGAGGCGGAGCGAACAGAGAACAUCCUGGUGGAGCAGCCCACUCCACAGGAAGCUUUUCGUCCUUCGGUCAGGGCGGCCGACUGCGAGGAGGAGGAGGAGGUCCGUUUGGCUCGGCCAUCUCCUCGCGAGCGGCGACCAAAGGGACGGGAGGGCCGCUGCUACCGCCGCGACGAACCGGGCCACCAGGCACGCGACUGUCCAGCCCCGGCGCCCAAACCUCGAGCCCCCCAGCCGGCGGGAACCCUUGGCCUGGACCUUCUGACUCGGGUGCCAGUGUCGACGUGUCAGGGCCCACCAUCUGCCUCUCCAGCCCGGCAGGCACAGGACGACGGCCCAAAGAGCCCGCCGCCAAGCAGCUACAGCCCAGCUACGCGGCAGCAAUCCUUGCUGCUGCAAACUGGCAAAUCUUGCAGUCUUCCUAUCCAUGCUCUCUUUCUCUGGCAUCACCUGGUCUGGUUCUGUGGAGUCUACUUCACGGUUGGCAAGCUGUGGUACCAGACUCCACUUUUUGCUGCUUGUGGACUUGUAGGAACAUUUACAGUGACAUGUAUGGUGGUAGAAUCUGUUGCAAAAGUGCACUGAUUGAAAACGGGUGAUACAGUGAUUCCUUUUUGCGUCACUAUGUUUAAAAGACAAUGGUCAGACUCCACUUUUUGUUGCUUUCUCAUGCUGCUGUCUCCACCAUCAGCUUCUCCAGUACCGAUGUGUACACGUGAGCAUUUGCAUGCAAUCUGUCCAUCGAUGUUCUUUCCUACUUGUGGACUUGUAGGAACAUUUACAGUGACAUGUAUGGUGGUAGAAUCUGUUGCAAAAGUGCACUGAUUGAAAACGGGUGAUACAGUGAUUCCUUUGUGCGUCACUAUGUUUAAAAGACAAUGGUCAGACUCUGCUUUUUGUUGCUUUCUUAUGUUGCUGUCACCACCAUCAGCUUCUCCAGCAUUGAUGUGUACACAUGAGCAUUUGCAUGCAAUCUGUCCAUCGAUGUUCAUUCCUACUUGUGGACUUGUAAGGACAUUUACAGUGACAAGUGUGGUAUUAGAAUCGCUUGGAAAAGUGCACUGAAUGAAAACGGGUGAUACAGUGAUUCCUUUGUGCGUCACCAUUUUUAAAAGACAAUGGUCAGACUCCGCUUUUUGUUGCUUUCUCAUGUUGCUGUCUCCACCAUCAGCUUCUCCAGCAUUGAUGUGUACACGUGAGCAUUUGCAUGCAAUCUGUCCAUCGAUGUUCAUUCCUACUUGUGGACUUGUAAGGACAUUUACAGUGACAAGUGUGGUGUUAGAAUCGCUUGGAAAACUGCACUGAAUGAAAGCGGGUGAAACAGUGAUUCCUCCGUGCGUCUCUAUGUUUAAAAUACGACCGCAAAGUUCUGGAGGCUCCUCAGGAUAUCUGACUUCAGAGAUUCUGUUGGCUGGGCUGGUAAUUGAGUCACACAUUUUCAUUGUUUUGUUUGCAGAGAUUUGCAGAAAUUAAUCGUUAAUAGUAUAAUAUUUGAACUCAUUGUCAGCAGGGACCAUUACAAUUGCUAUCCCCAACCCCACAGGUCUGUAAACACGAAAUCCCCUAUCG